UGCAAAAUCAUCAAAAAAGAACCCCAUGACAUUGACUCAGUUGGCUGGCAGCGGGGGGUGUCUACAUACUGGCAAGCCUGGCUCCUCCUCCUGAGUGUCACCAAGCCCCGCCCCUCAAACCGCCUUCUCUGUCUUUAAGCUGCUGAGCCGAGCGGCGGAAUGUCUGUGCGUCCUCUGCCGCGGUGACAUGGCGUAAAGAGCCGGCGUGCGUGCGCAGCAUCCCCUGGCUAUGGACCCCCUGCGACAGCGCAGCGGAACCAGCGCCGCGUCCUCGACGACGACGAAUAUGCUAACCAGGAUGACGACGUCGGUGGUGAAGAUGUCGCUGAUGGUUUGGAUGCCACAUCGUGCGGCGGCGUCCGGCGAGGCGCAGGACGAGGCUCUGGAGGAGCUGGCCACUGAGAAGGAAGCCGAGGAGAGUCACCGCCAAGACAGCGUCAAUCUGCUGACCUUCAUCCUGCUGCUCACCCUCACCAUCCUCACCAUAUGGCUCUUCAAGCACCGGAGGGUCCGCUUCCUCCACGAAACCGGGCUGGCGAUGAUCUAUGGUCUGCUGGUGGGCGUGGUCCUGCGUUACGGCAUCCCCGCCACCAGCUACCACAGCAGAAACCCCCCCAGCUGCUCCCUGACGACUGGGCCCGCCAGCAGCCUGCUGCUCAACGUCAGCGGCAAGUUCUUUGAGUACACCCUCAAGGGGGAAAUUGACUCUGGCGACAUCAACAACGUGGAGCAGAACGACAUGCUGCGAAAGGUUACCUUUGACCCAGAGGUCUUCUUCAACAUCCUGCUGCCUCCCAUCAUCUUCCAUGCGGGUUACAGCCUGAAAAAGAAACACUUCUUCCGGAAUCUGGGCUCCAUUCUGACCUACGCAUUCCUCGGCACCGCCAUCUCGUGUUUCGUGAUUGGGAAUUUGAUGUACGGCGUGGUCAAACUGAUGCAAGUGGUGGGCCAGCUGAGCAACAAGUUCUACUACACCGACUGUCUUUUCUUUGGCGCAAUCAUCUCUGCCACUGACCCAGUCACAGUGUUGGCCAUCUUUAACGAGCUGCACGCCGAUGGUGACCUCUACGCGCUGCUGUUUGGAGAGAGCGUCAUGAACGACGCCGUGGCCAUCGUGUUGUCAUCCUCCAUUGUGGCCUACCAGCCCCGAGGCGCCAACACGCACAUGUUUGACGCCUCGGCCUUUUUCAAGUCGGUGGGCGUCUUCCUGGGGAUUUUCAGCGGCUCCUUUAUGAUGGGCGCCGCCACGGGGGUGGUGACCGCUCUCAUAUCCAAGUUCACCAAGCUGCACUGCUUCCCCCUGCUGGAGACCGCCCUCUUUUUCCUCAUGUCCUGGAGCACCUUCCUGCUGGCCGAGGCCUGCGGAUUCACGGGCGUGGUGGCCGUGCUCUUCUGCGGCAUCACCCAGGCCCACUACACCUACAACAACCUCUCCGAGGAGUCCACCAAGCGCACCAAGCAGCUCUUCGAGGUCCUUCACUUCCUGGCUGAGAACUUCAUCUUCUCCUACAUGGGCUUGGCUCUGUUCACCUUCCAGAACCACGUCUUCAGCCCCAUCUUCAUCACGGGGGCUUUUAUCGCCAUCUUCAUCGGCCGAGCCUUCAACAUCUACCCACUCUCCUUCCUGCUCAACUUGGGCCGCAGACACAAGAUCAAGGGGAACUUCCAGCAUAUGAUGAUGUUUGCCGGUCUGCGUGGCGCCAUGGCCUUCGCCCUGGCCAUCCGUGACACGGCCACCUACGCCCGCCAGAUGAUCUUCACCACUACGCUGCUAAUCGUCUUCUUCACCGUCUGGGUCUUUGGAGGAGGGACCACCCCCAUGUUGUCUUGGCUGCACAUCAGGGUGGGAGUGGACCCCGAUCAGGACCCGCAGCCGUCUGCAGACACCUUCCAGGUCCUUCAAGGGGACGUCUCCCAGGCUGAAGGCCCCAGUAAAACCAAACAGGAGAGCGCUUGGCUCUUCAGGAUGUGGUACACCUUUGAUCACAAUUACCUGAAGCCCAUCUUGACCCACAGCGGCCCCCCACUCACGUCCACACUGCCCGGCUGCUGUGGACCCCUGGCCAGCUGUUUGACCUCCCCCAAGGCCUACCAGAACCAGGAGCAGAUGAGAGACCAGGACUGCGACCUGAUCCGCAACGACGGCGACCUGACCUUCACGUUCGGAGAUAGUGCCAUCACCACAAACGGCGUGUCCGGGGCGGACGGCGGAGCCAAUGGAAAACGGAGCGUCAGCACGUCGGAGGAGGCGCUGGAGCGUGAGCUGGACUCUCGUGAGCAGGAGCUGCUCACCCGCGGAACACGCUUGGUUUUCCCCAUUGAGGAUCACAUCUAACACACGCACGCACACACACACAACAGACACACACAACAGACACACAACAGACAAAGAUGAAGUUCAUACACCGGGAGACACUCUCCAUGCUGUCAUGCACUCUUUUUAUUUGGAAUUACCUCUGCCAGGAAGCCUGGCUUUGUCUGUGUGGAACUUUUUUUUUUGUCGUUAAAGGGGCCAAAUAGGAUGCAACUUCAGCCAAUAAUUCUGCAACUAGGAGAUUAUCAGUCAUGUUUAUUACCUCUGCCAAGGAGAUCUACUCUCGAUAUAGCGCCGGUCAAACGUGUACAGACAACUUUGUCAUGUUAUCCAAUGAGAGGUGUCUCUAAACUUUUGAUUCUGUGAUCCUAGCUGUUUCUGCUACAAUAGCUGUCAAAAGCUUAGAGACACUUUCUCAUGUCAUAAAAUAAGAAAGUGUCUCUAAACUUUUGAUUGGGCUGAAACAGCCACGAUCAUAGAAUCAAAGGUUAGAGACACUUUAUCAUGUUAACCAAAUGAGAAAGUGUCUCUAAACUUUUGAUUCUUAUGUUACCAAAUGAGAAAGUGUCUCUAAACUUUUGAUUCUGUGACCCUAGCUGUUUCUGCUACAAUAGCUGUCAAAGGUUUAGAGACGCUUUCUCAUGUUAUCAAAUGAGAAAGUGUCUCUAAACUUUUGAUUUGAUAACCGGAGAAAGUGUCUCUAAACUUUUGAUGCUAUGAUCCUAGCAAUUUUAGCAUCUACAAAUGAUUGUAGAUAUUCGUACAUGUGCAAAGGUCAAACCAGACUUAGAAAACCUAGAUUCAAUCCAGAUUUCACUUUUUAGCUGCAAUUUCCAUUAAAAAUGUUAUUUUCUAAAGCCAUACUCCACAAGGUGAAAGGCGUAUACUGUAUGUUUGUCAGAUUGUAAUUUCCUGUGCUUCUUAUUACAUCUUGAUUUAAAGUGUUAAAUCUCCAUUGAGCUACAGAGAUGCUAAAAUGGGAAGAUUUGCACCCUUUUUGAGUGUCCUUCUUUGGCUUCCUUCACUGAAAAUAAGGAAAUAUACCAGCAUAAAGAUGUGUAUAUUUACAGACAGUUAAUACGCAACACUACGUUGCUUAGCAUUGAGCUAACAUCAUUGCUAACACACAAAAUGUUAAUCAGUGUGUGUUCAGAAGCUGUGCAUUGUGUUGCAGCUUUAAAAAGUAGUUUAGCCAGAGGACACCGGCAUGUGAGGGGGCGGCGGGGGGUCAAGAAUGUGUUUUUUUUUAAAAAAAGAAAACUCCAUGGGGUGAAGAGAAGGAGGAGCGUAUGCAAAUGGAAACAAUGGCCGGCUUUGUUGGCGUUACAUCUCAUGACUGUUGUACUCCACACAGCUGUUAGGAUCCUCUGUUACCCCCCCCCCCCUUCCAGUACUGCAUGCUGACUUUGGUGCUGGUGCAGAUUUAGUUCAGAGCCGGAGUUGAACCAACAGCCUCUACGCCCUGGGGAGCUGUGUCAUUAUGUCACAAGGGUUAUGUCUCCCCUCAGGAAAUGCUAAAAGGGAAAUCAUGCAAUUUAAACCAUCUUCAUUGUGUCAAACGUCCGCAUGAAAAGUAUUGACUUGCCUGGAGCUUUUAUUUUGAAGAGUACUCAUCUUCUGUCAGAAUCUGACAAACGACCAAAAAAUACUUACAGCUAUUAUUUUGUGUACUAUUCAAGUAAAGAAUAACUGUAAUGUGAGACUGCAGUAUUUGUUCUUGUUCUAACACAGCUUUGUCACGGAGAUGAAACACUUCUCCAAAAUAAAAUGCAAUCCCUGA